AUGACUGGGGGCCGCCAAGCCAAUUAUCAGACUAUCCUGCUUGACUCCCCAGCCAUACAAUUAGAGGUGUGUGAUACCCUCAAUCCAGCUACACUCUUGCCCCAGGUGGAUACUGAAUUGCAUCAGGAUUGCGUACAGCUGGUGGAGUCUGUAUAUGCCAGUAGACCCAAUCUUAGUGCCUCAAAUGCUGACUGUGAAUGGUUUACAGAUGGUAGCAGCUUUAUGAUGGAAGUGAAUAACUGCCAAAGUCCAUCUUGCCUUCCGGGGGGGCUGCUGGGAAGGCUCUUUCCUCCUGACCCCAUCGCCGCUUCUUUCCCUUUCAGGAACGCCAAGAAGGAAGGAGACCUGCUCGCUGCCCAGGCCCGCCUGGAGGAUGUGGAGGCCCUGCUCAACUCCAAGGAGGCUGCGCUCAGCACCGCCUUGGGGGAGAAGCGCAACCUGGAGGCUGAAGUCCGUGACCUCAGAGGCCAGCUGGCCAAGUUGGAGGGAGCCUUGGCCGACAUCAAGAAGCAGCUUCAGGAUGAAAUGCUGUGGCAGAUGGAUGCGGAGAACAGGCUGCAGAGCCUGAAGGAGGAGCGAUUCCAGAAAAACAUCUACAGUGAGGAGCUCCGUGAGAGCAAACGCCGCCACGAGACGCGCCUGGUGGAGAUCGACAACGGGCGCCAGCGGGACUUCGAGAAGAAGCUGGCCGAUGCGCUGCAGGACCUCCGUGGGCAGCACGAGGCCCAGGUCAGGCUCUACAAGGAUGAGCUGGAGACGACCUAUGCAGCCAAGCUGGAAAACGCCAAGCAGUCGGCCGAGAGGAACAGCAGCCUGGCUGGGACGGCUCACGAGGAGCUUCAGCAGACACGGAUUCGCAUCGACAGCCUCUCCGCCCAGCUCAGCCAGCUGCAAAAGCAGCUGGCAGCCAAGGAGGCAAAGCUGCGGGACCUGGAGGAUUCCCUGGCCCGGGAGCGGGAUACCAGCCGGGAGAAGGAGCGGGAGAUGGAGGAGAUGAGGGCUCGAAUGCAGCAGCAGCUGGACGAGUACCAGGAGCUGCUGGACAUCAAGCUGGCCCUGGACAUGGAGAUCAACGCCUACCGCAAACUCCUGGAGGGCGAGGAGGAGAGGUUGCGCCUCUCCCCCAGCCCCUCCUCCCAGAAGAGCGGCUCCCGCAUCCGGGUCUCUUCCUCUGGACAAAGCGCCACCAAGAAAAGGAAGCUGGAGGACGGCGAGAGCCGCACCAGCUUCUCCCAGCAUGCCCGCACCAGCGGCCGCGUGGCUGUGGAGGAGGUGGACCUGGAGGGCAAGUUUGUCCGGCUGAGGAACAAGUCCAGCGAGGACCAGUCGCUGGGAAAUUGGCAGAUCAAGCGCAGGUUCCCUCCCAAGUUCACCUUGAAGGCCGGCCAGCUGGUCACGAUCUGGGCUGCGGGUGCAGGCGUGUCCCACAACCCCCCCACGGACAUGGUCUGGAAGAACCAAAACUCCUGGGGUUCCGGCGACAGCUUACGCACAGCACUGCUGACCUCCACUGGGAGGGCUUGGCUAUGGGGGGGGGUCCUGGGUCGAAGGCGGGAGCCCCUCUUCUGCCCCCCUGUUUUCCUGGCUCUUUCCCUCCCAAAUCCCGCUGAGAUGGACUGGACCAGAAACAGCCCCUUCAUUUCUUCCUCCCUGCAGGAGGUGGCCAUGCGGAAGCUGGUGCGCACGGUUGUUGUCAAUGAUGACGAUGAAGAGGAUGAUGAGGAUGGCGCCCACGGCCACCAUCACCACAGCCACUGCAGUGCCAGCGGAGAUCCGGGCGAGUACAACCUGCGUUCUCGCACAGUGUUGUGUGGCACAUGUGGGCAGCCGGCAGAGAAGUCAUCCGGGGGCACGAAUGUGGGCACCAGAACCAUGUCCACCGGCUCCUCCUCCUCCUGCUUGACCAUCACACGCAGCUACCGCAGUGGAGGCACCAACCUCGGGGAGAGCCUCCUGCUCCGCACCUACAUCCUGGGCAGCUCCACCCCACGCCAGCAGGACUAGAUCACCCAGGGCAUCCGUUUCAGCCUGCAGACUGGACGCUUGUAAAGACGCGGGGACCAACAACCUCUUUGGAUCAGCAGUGGAAGGGACCGUUUCAGGGGCUUCAGACCACCCAUACAGCCCUAAAAGUGGAAGGCCUGGCAUCUUGGAUUGAUCACUUCCAGAGUGAAGAAAUACCCAUGAUCUGCCCGUCCGGAUUCCUGGACUGCGCAGCCUGUGACUUUCUCAGUAGCAGAACUGGGACUGAAGUUAUUGUUCUGGAACCAAAAGCCUCCGGAACCAUAGUUGUGUGAGAGGAGAACUGCCAUCUCCCGUAGGUGUUUUCUCAAUUAGAACAUUUCCCCAAAAGGUGUUUGUAGCUACCCACGCUAGGAGUUACCCAAUUAUUACCACUAGCUGAUUGGUGCGUCUGUGUGCAUGAAGGCUAAGAUAUUAAGACAAAUAAACUUAACAACCUUUGGGAUGAGACCACAUGAUUUUGUUAUGUAUCUGUGCUCUUCCCAUAUAGGUGGGUACCUAUGUUAUGCCCACUUUACCUGAAAGGAAGACUGGAAACCACAGGAAUCUUGAACAACUCAGAAAG